GGAGACUGACCUAGGAAGUUGGACACGUUGGUCAGUCCCCGCUGUCUUCCACAUGUUCUUGAUUGCAGUCUAUAGAUGUUCAGAACCAAAUCUGUCCAAAAAUGUUCAAUAAAAGCAGGACAAGGUCUUAUUUUAGACCCAUAGCAUGGCUCAGCUCACCACUCUGAAACUUUUCCUGCUGCCGCUGAGUCCCCGUGGCAAUGUCAAACUGCCUGGGAGAGGCUAACAGCCAUUGCCAAAAACCCAGCCGAGGGGUGUAGUAAAUGCCAGGGAGAGAGCACUGUGGUUAUGCCAUGUUUUAUUUACUUGCAUAAUACUGGCCACAUAAAGGACUGGCAAAACCAAGCCUGGUAAUGCUUGAGGAUGCUCUGCGUAAAAGUUGAACUGAAAGUUUGUGCGCCGACUGCCUUCAUUAACGAGUAUUUCAUUUGUAUUAAAGCAUCCUUAAAAAAAACACAUCCUUAAAAGGAAUCUCAGUGCUUUGUCAUUGCUGCUCUAGCAUUUGGAGAGUUUUCAGUUUAAAUGUAUGUAGCAAAUUUUAAACUAUACCUUGCUUCUGAAUAUAAUGAGGGUUUGUUUUCAGUUUCCUACUGAAUAAUAAUUGACUUACUGAACAAGUAAAGGCUGCUGCUGUUUGUGAAAGCAUAUUUUUUAAAAGUCUGGCUCGAUGUCGUUGAGGGAAUAACGGAGUCAUGAAGCAUAAAGCCACUUAAAUAUCAUUGAGUGUGAUCCUGCACUUGGAAGAGAUUUGGAUAUUCCUGCAUGCAGAUUCUGAGCGUGAAGGUGGUGAAGUUUAGCUGGUCUGGUUUAUGUGCUGUCGGCUCUGCUCUCUUUUGGGAAGGAAUGGCUUUAAGGUUUGACUUCUCUCCCAUAGCGAUUGUUUUCCAAAAUACUUGGAAAAUAGGAGAAGUAGAAAACCAGUUAGUGUUCUGCCUUACUUUUCUAUCUUCUCUCCCACUCAUAAACAGUCUCAGAGGAACUGAAGAAAGAAAUGAAAAGCAGCAGUCCUGGCUAAAACAUGCCAGCUGUAUUGCUGUGCAGUCCUUCCAGGUACUGCAGGCUAAUCGGGCGUCCAAGUGUGCUUCUGUUCCAAUGAAAUCUUUACGUUUACAUGUAAAUUGCCAGCAGAUCCACUUUGCCCGGUAAGUCUGGAUGUGUUUAAUUUGAAUAAACCAUCCGAUUACUGUAGGACGUCUUUUAUUUGGGCUUCUGCAAUAAAGAUCGCUGAAAUUUCUUGGCACUGGAAGAUUUUUCAGUUUGGAUCCUGGGUCAAUAACAUCAGAUUAGUAAAAUUCCAGUAGCGAAUCUGGAUAGCUAAACCUGUUAAUUCUAGUGUGGUCUAUUUUUGGUCUAUUCUGGUCUAUUUUGGUCUAUUCCACGUGCUUGGGUCAGGUGAGGGUUGGACUGCAGUGCUGCUGUGCUGCGCCCCAACCCUGCUGUGUUAUUGCUGGUUUGUACAGCAGGAGGGAGUUGCAUUCAGGGAUUUUGCUUCUGUGCAAUAAAAUAGGCAUCAAAACUAGCUGGUUGUUUUUAUGCAGCAAUAAAAGUCACAGCUUUACCGUCCCAGUGAGACCAAGGGGCCAGAAUCCAUCAGCACCUCACCUUUUAGGGCGUAAGGCUGUGUGGGCUAUGUUUCAUUUCACGUGUGGCUCAGAUCUGUAAGGGUUUUCAGCUGUUACCUCGGCAUUGCUUUAAUUUUCCUCAUUAGGAGAACGAGGAUCACCCAGUUCUCCCAACAUCCAGACCACGUACGUGACACCACUGAGAGGUACGUACCAGGCCAGAGGUGCUCUCUUUUAAGGCUCAGUCUUUUCAUAAUCCUAUUCAGCAUGCUGCCUUUCUGAGUAUUUCGAUUACAAACUGCAAAAAAAAAAAAAAAAUCAGCUUGCCAAGGGGUGGGAAGAAGUCUGGGGGCGUGGAACACUUGCUGGGAAAUUCCCAGCAACCGACAUAUGAAUUUGUUCUGGUUGCCAGCAGUUUGCUGUCAUCUCUUCCAAGAGUUUGCUGCAGUCAGAAUUUGGUGGGGACGGUGGGGCUGCAUUAUGGUGGCUGUAGCUUUUUCCUUGCGUUAUUCUAGCGUUUCGUUCUUGCUGCUGGCAGUUGUUUUUCCCCCUUGCUUGGGGUUGCAGUGCAAAGAGCAUCAAUAUCCCUUUGGCAAAAAAUGCUGCAAGUACUGUGCUCCUGGUGAAAGGAUGAGAAGUCGCUGCACAGCAACAACAGACACGGUCUGUGCCCCCUGUCAAAACGAAUACUUCAGUACUGACUACAGCCACAACUUGUGCAAGAGCUGUACCAUCUGCAAAACGACAAAGGGGAGCGUGGAAGUGAAGAAGUGUGAGAAGACUUCUGACAGAGUUUGCAGGUGUAUACCCGGUUACAUGCCAGAUGACAGAUAUCCCUUGGGGAGUGUGUGCUUACCAUGUCCUGAAGGGUUUUAUUCCACAGGGGGAAAUGGGAACUGUCAACCUUGGACCAACUGCAGCUCUGUUGGGAAAACGACUCUUCGCGCAGGAACAAGAACAGAUGAUGCUGUUUGCAGCAGCCAUGUGACACAGCCAACCCUUCCUCAGAAUGCAACAUCUGCUUUGGAUCUUUCUACUACCAGCCACAGGAAUAAUACAUCACCUACAGUGCUCUCACCCUCCAAAUCCAGUGUGAUCCCUUCCGUUAUUUGCUCAGAUGCAAACAGCCCCACAGAGACUAACUGGGGAUCUCUAUCACUUAUCCUUAUUUGUCUGAUACUGCUUAUGGUGUCUGGAAUGUCCAUCUUCCUGUUGAUUAUCCAAGCAGCCAAAAAAACGACCAAGAAGAGGCCUUAUAUGAGCAACCAUCAGAAAGAAAGGAGCUGUCGAAUUCCCGUCCAGGAAGAACAAAUUGACUCCAAUUCCAGUCUCAUCAAAAACUGACUUCACGUUGUGUUACUGUUUCCUGCGUUUCUGAGCCGAUCAGUCCUAACGACUAACGUGACACAACUUUCAGCGGCUAUCUGUGUGGAUGUCUGUAAUUGUUUAAUUGCACUUCCAGUCCUUUGGGGCUCAUUAAGUCAUCCCUUUGGCAUUAGGACCCAUGGGAGUAGCUGCUCUCAAAUUGUGACUCUUCCUAUUAGGCAGAUCCUGUGCACAGCAUCCCUGGUACUGGACCUGAGUUGAUACAGCCCUCUGCAUUCCUAGCCACUUGUCUUUGGGCUGCAGAAAGUGUUUACAAAGCUGUAAGAGCUAAUUGCUGAGCAAACUGACAUACAGGGAAAAAUUAAAAGACCUGCUUUAUAACUAGGCUUAUAUCUUGCCCUACAAUUCUGAGGUGCUGAGCAGGACACGUCUCUUCUCUCAGUGGAGCCAUUUGCAGGGUUUCAGUUGAGCUCCCAAAGGAGCUCUCUUCCUUUUAGGUGGAGAAUCUCCUUGCAUGGACCUAGCCAGUUUCCUUUGUGCUUCCAUUUUGUUUAUCUUUUAUUUUCUUAGUCAAAAUAAGUGGCAUACAUCAACUGUGCCUCCAGAGACAGUUGUCACAGCUGCUAAUUCUGGUGCUGGCUUUUAAGCAAUGAUUAAGAGAUGGCUAUUCAGUGCCACUCUUUUCCUUUCUGCCUUUCUUUUGGGCAAACCCAUUGAGAAAAUGUCACGUUAACAUUGAGCAGUAUCCCCACAGGCCAACAAGUGGAAUGAUUCACCACCACUGAGUAGCUCCAGAUCUCCAAGUGUUUGGAAAUCUCUGUGAGAUCUUCAUCUGUGUGGAAAGCAGAAUCCGUGUACUCACUGCAAAGGGAAUGGUAAUUUCUGAUUAGAACGUGAUUAGUGAAAACUGUAAUUCAGAGCAGGGGGAAAGUAGACUGUAGACUUAGUUGCUGUAUAAAACUGUUUUGAUCUGUAAGCUUUGUACAUACAACAAGCUCUGUGCUGCUUCUUGGUGGAUGUUCUGUUGUGCUGAAUGUCCUGGUGUGUCUAUCCCCAGCAAGGCUGCUUCAGUCAAGCUUGAAGAAUAAAAUAGUGUAGUUUAAACCACUUCUGUGGGAGUUGAUUGCUUGCUUCGAAGUAAUGCUGUGGAUAAAGGAAGAAACACACAAGCAAGUUUGUUUCCAGGUGGUCUGGAUUUGGGGAAAACCUUUUUAUGUCCUAGGUUUAGUAGCAUGUAAAUGGACGUUUAGAGUUUUUUCUGCUGAUGAAUGAUAAUUUGUGGUGAUAAUGCCCUAGAUGUUCUCUCUUGAUAAGAGGCAAGCCGAACUUUUAACACAGUGUGACCAUAUGGGCCUUCAAGAGUUGUAUUUUGGCAAAGAUGUGUGAAGAUCAUGAAACAGUGGAUAGGUACCGUUCAUAUGGAUGCUCACUUCUGUGUACUGUCACUUGAAUCUGCCUUCAGAACUGAAGUUUUCUUCGUGUGAUCUGUUCACAGUUAAAAUACACCUGGUUGUUUGCCUGCAUGCUGUAUGAAAUUAAUUUUACUUCUGUAAUGUUUUUUUUUUUUGUGAGUUAAUCGAUGUGUCUUUUAAAGAACUUUCAAAUUUUAGAUAACAAAUUCAAAGCCCAAUGUCUGAGAGGCAAGUGUUAUUUUGAAUAGCUUGUGAUGUAAUUUAAAUAUCUCAGUGUAAAAGUUUGAGGAAAAAAAGUUUGAUAUAACUUGAAAGUUAUUCAGAAUUGUUUUCACUUCAAAUACUCCUUAGUAGAUAACUCAUAUUUUAUAUACAUAGUGCCAAAGCAUAUGGCAAAAUAUGCAGCACGGAAAUGUAUUCAAGAAUACAGCUGGUUAUCUAAAAACAUGUUUUUAAACAUAUGUUUCAUUAUAUGUUAUACAUAUGGUGUACUUAGUGGCUUCCUAUUUUGAAGUGCAUAUACAAUGUAUAUAAAUAUUUGUAUUAUAUAUGAAGUAUAGUACUGAGUUUUUCAAAUAAAUUGUAGUAGUGGCUAGA